GCUCGUCUGGUUUCAGCACCCGGAGGGGACAGGCUCUCAUGGUGACAUCAUCGAGGCACAGCACCCUGGGAAGGAGAGCUUGACUGGGAAAGAGAACUACCACCGGUCAAAAGAGGUCCGCCAAUAGCGUCACCAUGCCUUUUGGAAGCUGCCUUCAAGGAUCCCCUGGGAUUCCGGGGAGGGAUGGUCUACCUGGCGCAGCCGGUUCACCGGGGCGAGACGGCCAGCCAGGAAGAGAUGGACGCGAUGGGCAACCAGGCACAGUCUGUCCUGGGAGCCCAGUCUGUCCCAGUGGUUACGUUAAGUUCCAGGACAGAUGCUUCAAAUUCUCCACCGACAAGAAGACCUACGCCGAUGCCAGGUCCGCCUGUCAGGCUGCCGGCGGGCACCUGGCCAUGCCUAAGGACCAGGCAACCAACGCCUUCCUGGUCAACCAACUGACCAGGUAUCCCAGUGGCUCCAACGUCUAUUUCGGCCUGACGGACCUAGCCCAGGAGGGAACCUUUGUGUGGGAGGACGGGACGCCGCUCACCGGCUGGAAAAACUGGUCACCAGGGCAACCUGACGAUUAUAGAUCUGUUGAGGACUGUGCUCAUUGGUGGGGUUCGUAUGGCUACAAGUGGAACGAUCGGUCAUGCUCUGAUAGUGAUUAUUAUGUGUGUGAAGUCAGUGCAGCCGUUCCUUAUGUCACUGGUCUUCGAGGGUCUGACAAAAUGUUAUCUUCUAAGCAUUCUGCACCCAAAUAUGGGUGGUUCACGACAGUUGUUGCCAUAGCAGCCUGUGUUCUGAGCAUUGUUACCAUGGUAACGCAGGUGGUGGUUGUUUUGGAGGUGAGGAACUUGAGAUCUGAACUGGAGACAAAACUGCGUCACAAGGAAGCAGUUCUGGGCGGCGGAGGUCUUGAAGAGCUUCUGGACGCCAAGUUUCAGCGCCCGGCGGGGACAGGCUCUCAUGGUGACAUCAUCGAGGCAGAGCAGCCUGGGAAGGAGAGCCUGACUGGGAAGGAGAACUACCACCGGUCAAAGCGGUCUGCCAAUAGCAUCACCAUGCCCUUUGGAAGCUGCCUUCAGGGACCACCCGGGCCCCCUGGUGUUCCGGGGAGGGAUGGUCUACCUGGGAGAGACGGUACCGGUCAGCCAGGCGCAGCCGGUUCACCGGGAGGGGAUGGACGCGAUGGGCAACCAGGCACAGCCUGUCCUAGGAGCUUAGCCUGUCCCAGAGGUUACGUUAGGUUCCAGGACAGAUGCUACAGCUUCUCUACCGACAAGAAGACCCAGGACGCUGCCAGGUCCGCCUGUCAGGCUGCCGGCGGGCACCUGGCUAUGCCUAAGGACCAGGCAACAAACGACUUCCUGGUCAACCAACUGACCAGGUACCCCAGUGGCGAGGACAUCUGGUUCGGCCUGACAGACCUGGCGCAGGAGGGAACCUGGGUGUGGGAGGACGGGACGCCGCUCACCGGCUGGAGCAACUGGUAUCCAGGGGAACCUAACGAUUCUGGCUCUGCUGAGGACUGUGCCCAUUGGUACGGUUCGUAUGGCUACAAGUGGAACGAUCGGAGAUGCUCUCAUAGUCAGUAUUAUGUAUGUGAAGUUAGUGCGGCCGUUCCCUAG